UUUAAGAAUACAACAUAAUUUUACUGUUACAGUUCCACCAACACUUGUUAACAUCUCGGCAGAAAUGGUUAAUUCUAAAUUAACUUUAAACUGUUCCACGGACUCUUCUAAUCCGGUAUCUUCAUUAACCUGGAGGAGGGGUGUCAGUCCUAAAUCCAUUUUGAACAAUGUAAUAGUGAGUGGUUACAGUGAAUAUACAAGUGAUGCUGAAUACAAUGGUAAAAAUAUAACUCAAGCUAUUGAUAUUGAUCCGAAGCAUAUAGACAUUGGAGAGACCAUCUUCUGCUGUGCCCGCUAUCAAGCUCAACAAAUAUGUGAUUCUAUGAGCCUGAACUCUUUUCAGAUAUCUGAAGGUUGUGUUUCUAAAUCCAGUUUAGCAACAUUAUUUAUUGGUAUAUUCCUGCUCCUUGUGUAAGAAAGGAAGACGUAUCCGUUUUAUUGAAAGACAUAAUAAUAUUGAUGUCUAAGAAGAUCUGCAUGGUUGAUAAAUACCAAACUUCUUUAAAUAAUUAGUCAUGGCUAUCAUUUCUUAUUUAAUUGAUGCUUUAUAUCUAGUCGGUCAAAUAUUUCAGUAUACAUUAUGAAUGUUGGCAUUUUAUUUUUUUUUUUAAUUAUAUUUUCUUUGAGCUGUCAUUUAAUCUAUACAAUAGAUCGAACUAUUUGAAAAAAAAUGCGGAAUUCUAUUUUUAUCUACAAUUGUAUAUUUCUUACAUGUUUUCUGUUUUUCUUGAAUUUUUUAUAAAUAAACAUAAAACACA